CUCACUUUGAACUCUCAAUCUGUAGAUGACGUGCAUCAUUUAUCACUUGUUUCUAUUUCAUUGCCUUUGCUUAUAUAUAUAAGAAUUCUCAAAACAAUUUAAACACAGAAAAAUCAACAACAAUGGAGUACCUCCUCCCAAUACUCCAAACAAAUGCUAUGUCUGCUAUAUAUCCAUUUCUUCUUUGUCUUCUUUGCUUUGUGCUAUGGAUGUCAAGAGUUGGUCACAGAAACACAGCUAGUAAGAAAAGAGUAGCACCGGAAGCUGCAGGUGCGUGGCCUUUGAUCGGUCACCUCCAUUUAUUAGGAGGGUCUCAACUGCAACACAUAAUCCUUGGAACCCUGGCAGACGAACACGGACCGAUCUUCGGAAUCCGGCUCGGAGUGCAUCGAGCUUUGGUGGUUAGUACUUGGGAAUUGGCUAAAGAAUGCUUCACCACCAAUAAUAGAGCCUUCUCUUCCCGUCCAAAAGGCGUAGCAAUGGAGCACAUGGGCUAUAACUAUGCCAUGUUCGGGUUUAGCCCUAUCGGUCCAUACUGGCGCAAAAUGCGAAGGAUUACAACAGCCGAACUUCUCUCGAACCACCGGCUCGUGAUGCUCAAUCGAGUCUGUGAAACCGAGGUGAAGGCAUCAAUCAAAGAGUUGUACAAGUUGUGGGUCAAGAACAAGACUGCUUCAGAUGAAGUGUUGGUGGAGAUGAGGAAAUGGUUCGCGGACAUUAGCCUAAAUCUCACUGUCAGGAUUGUUGCAGGGAAGCGAUAUGUAGAGACAAACACCAUGGCUUCGUCGGAUGGGGAUCGGUUACACAAGGCAUUAAGGGAAUUCUUUGAAUUGAUGGGGGUUUUUACAGUGUCUGAUGCACUUCCUUUUUUGAGGUGGUUGGAUUUGGGAGGAUAUGAGAAGGCCAUGAAGAAGACAGCUAAAGAACUGGACAGCUUUUUGCAGAGGUGGCUUGAGGAACAUAAACAAAAAGUUUCCGCUGGGGCAAAGAGUGAGCAAGACGACUUCAUGGAUUUGAUGCUGUCAAUUCUUGAUGAUGAUGGCGCCUUGGAUGAGUCCAUUUUCGAUGUUGAUACUAUCAGCAAAGCUACAUGUUUGACUCUCUUCCUUGGUGCCACUGAUUCAAUAUCAGUUACGUUAACAUGGGCCCUUUCUUUGCUACUCAACAACCCUCAUGCACUAAAAAAGGCACAAGAGGAGUUAGACAUCCAUGUUGGUAGAGAAAGACAAGUGACUGAAUCAGACAUAAAUAACCUGGUUUACCUCCAAGCCAUACUCAAAGAAACACUACGUCUAUACCCGGCUGGACAACUCUUGGCGCCACGCGAGGCCAUAGAGGACUGCAUUUUGGGUGGCUACCAUGUUCGCGCAGGCACACGCCUCAUUGUAAAUCUUUGGAAAAUUCAUCAUGAUCCUCGUGUGUGGUCGGAUCCUUUUGAGUUCGUGCCGGAAAGGUUCCUCACAACUCAUAAAGAGCUUGAUGUUAGAGGUCAACACUUCGAAUUGAUUCCAUUUGGUAGCGGGAGAAGAGUGUGCCCUGGAGUCUCUUUUGCACUUCAGAUUACGCAGCUUACGCUCGCUAGUUUGCUACAUGGGUUUGUGGUUGCUACUCCAGUGGAUGAACCAGUUGAUAUGAGUGAGAGCUUUGGACUCUCUAACCCCAAAGCUACACCACUUGAAGUCCUCAUCACUCCUCGCUUGUCAGCUGAACUAUAUGGAUAAAGUAGGAUUAAAAUCCUCUCUCCUAUGCUACAGUGCAUCAGUCCCAACUAGUGAGGACAAUGUUGGAAUGCACGUUAUGAAAAUAUUGAGAUGCAAGGUCAAAAGUCACAAUAUUUUCGUAACGUGUAUCACUAAUUCUACUCACCCAUUAUGACCGAUGCAUUGUAGCAUAGUAGAUGAUUUUAAUCCGGAUAAAAUAUGUCGGACCCUGUUGAAAAUUAAACUUGAUUAUGUGCUUUUUACUGUUUUUGUGAAUGUUACAAGUCCUUUAAUAUGGUGUGUUAACUGCGUGUUAGUGGGAGUUUGUAUUUGUGUUAGUGGAAGACAUAAGAGUUAAGUCUACUAAAUACUAUUUUAGUGGGAUUAGUGGGAGUAAUUGGGUAUUGAAAUGUAAUUGGUUACAUAUAUUUUAGAGCCUAUAUAAACUCAUAUACUAUACCUAUUUUAUGGGUAGAGAAAAUAAGUUGAAUAAAAGAAUAAGAUGAAAUAG